AUGACCCAGCCAACCCUCCUCGAGCGCCUCAACAGGGACGGCUUCGUCGUCGUCCCCAAGGCCUUUACCGGCGAAACUCUCGAGAAACUACGCCAGGCCGCCUCGGCCGCAACAUCCAACGCCCGCCACGGCAAAUGGCCCGACGUCCGCACCCUCCCCAAGCAGUUCCCGCCGUGGAAGAUUGACGGGCCAAACCCAGCUGCCGAGGGGAUCUGGGGCGUCCAGGGCGUAAUGCACCCGGACAUGCCCUUCCAGGAAGAAUUCAUCAAGGUCUACUUCUCGGAUGCCAUCAUCGACCCUACCCUCCAGCUCCUGCAGUGCUCCAAGGACGACCUGGUCAUGGAGCUCUUCAACCUGCUCGUUAGGCCCGACUACGACUUCGAGCUCCGCUGGCACAGGGACGACAUUCCGCCCACCGCCUCUGCCCAAGAGGAGCUGGACCGUUUAAACAAGCCCGCAUUCUCGGCCCAGUGGAAUCUAGCCCUCUACGACGACGCGAGUCUCGUGGUUGUGCCCGGCUCCCACCUCCGCGCCAGGACGGACACGGAGAGGAACGCCGACCCCUAUGAGAAGGAGCUGCCCGGCCAGUUAGUUGUAAAGAUGGAGCCGGGUGAUAUUGUGUUUUACAAUAAUAAUAUUGUGCACAGGGGCGUUUACGACGCCAACGUGGAGAGGAUGACCUUGCACGGGAGCGCUGGGCACGUAGACGGUGCUACGUUGAGGGCGAGGAAUGUCCUGCAGCAUGGGCUGAGGAACUGGAUAGACAGGCUGCACUUUGACGCACUGCAAGGCGAGGAGAAGAAGUUGGCGGAGCAUAUGAAGGAAAAUUUGGUAAAGAUGGGACGGGAGGCCGGUGACGUCGGCUAUUCACUGCAGGGGUAG